AUGGAUGCAAAUAAUCAAUUGCUUUUACAACAUCGGAGAUAUGAACUACUAGCAAAACAGGAAGCCUACCGAUAUAAAGAUUAUCAGCCAGGAUGGCCCAAAUGCCUAGAUGUCGAUUCUGUGGAUCAGUUGCACCUGAACGAUCAAUAUUCGAGCAUCAAAGCCAAUACUUUCCAAAUCUACCUGACAGCUGCGGAAAUCGAGUUGAAGCUGAAAGGACUGCUGAACUACAAGAGCUCCUGGAGGAAAUUGGAUGACAUCUGAAGGGCCUUUUGGUUUUAUCGAACCCCAGUCUCGGAAUAUGUCAGCAGGCACUGGGAUGAAGACGCCUUCUUUGGCUACCAAUAUCUCAAUGGCGUAAGCCCAGAGAUCAUUCAGCGAUGCCCAGAGAUUCCAGCUAAAUUCCCAGUUACGCAGGAGAUGGUGGCCGAAUCCUUGGGAACCGACACCACCCUUGACAAAGAGGUGAAGGAAGGCCACAUCUUUCUCAUAGACUGCCAGAUUCUGGAAGGGAUCCCCGCCACAAGCCUCAAUGGGUCCCCCCAGUACGUCUCGGCCCCUGUCUGCCUCCUCCGCCUCACUGCGUGGGGGGAGAUGGUGCCCAUUGCGAUUCAGUUGACCCAGCAACCUGGGCCAAAGAGCCCCAUUUUCUUACCCACGGACUCUGAGUGGGACUGGGCGCUGGCCAAGUUUUGGGUUCGCAACAGCACGUUUUACAUCCAUGAGAUGCUCACCCAUCUGCUUUAUACACACCUGGUGGUGGAAGUCUUCUUGCUGGCCACCCUCCGGCAGCUUCCCAGGUGCCAUCCGGUACACAAGCUGCUAAUCCCACACUUCCGCUACACACUGCACAUCAACGUCCUUGGCAGGGAGAACCUCCUUGCCCCCAAUGGGAUGCUAGACAAGGUGAUGGGCACAGGUUUCCAGGGUCUGUCGCAGCUGGUGGCCAGGGGUCUUUCAAAGAUGACCUACUCCACUCUCUGCCUUCCUGAUGAACUCCGGGACAGAGGGGUUGAAUCGUUGCCCAACUACUAUUACAAGGAGGACGGAUUGAAACUCUGGGGUGCUAUAGAGAGCUUCGUAUCUGGGAUUAUCAGCCUUUAUUAUCCGAGUGAUACCACUGUGGAAAAGGAUAUGGAGCUGCAGGCCUGGGUGGCUGAAAUCUUUGAGAAAUGUUUCUAUCAGCGACAAUCCUCUGGUUUCCCUGCACAUCUAGGAACUAUUGCGGAGUUAACCAGGUACCUGACAAUGGUGGUCUUCACCUGCUCCGUCCGCCAUGCCAGUGUCAACAAUGGCCAGUUUGAUUUUGGGGCCUGGAUGCCCAACUACCCUUCCACCAUGCGAAAGCCUCCCCCAGAAUCCAAAGGCAGUGUGACUUUUGCGGACAUCCUGGAGACCUUGCCAGAUGUCAGCACGAGCUGCCAAACAUUGCUCAUCUUAUGGCUUCUCAGCAGAGAACCAGGGGACAAGAGACCUCUGGGUUACUAUUCUGAGGAACAUUUCACAGAGGAAGGCCCAAAGAAGGUUAUUGCCGCUUUCCAAAAACAUCUGGCCACCAUCUCCAAGGAAAUCGAGGAAAGGAACCGGCACCUGCUUCUGCCAUACAAUUAUCUCAACCCUCCUGAAAUAAAGAACAGCAUAUCCAUCUAA